CACAGUAUACAGUAGUUUAGUGUCAAAUACAGCUGGAAUGUACUGUGCGGUGCACACGUUUUAAAAAAUCUCUCAUAUAUAUUUUGUAUGUCCACUUUUACUAAGUAUAACGAGAAGUGUAUAUAAAUUGUGUGUGUUAAAAGUGUUGAUCAGUGAACAUGUCGCAAUCACCAGCAGCUGUAGCUCCCAAAGAGCGCUACGUUCCGAACGCGCUUAAAUUCGCUUUCGGCGGCCUUGCCGGUAUGGCAGCAACAUGCGUUGUUCAGCCUCUGGACUUGAUCAAAACUCGGAUGCAACUGAGUGGAGGUAGUCGAACCUCUUUUGCUGUUGCCGGAGAGAUUGUAGCCCGAGAAGGGUUUGUGGCACUGUACACUGGACUGUCAGCGGGCUUGUUGAGGCAGGCAACUUACACAACAACUCGUCUUGGAGUCUACAACUAUCUAUUUGAUGCAUACAAAGAGAAAAACGCCGGUGCAGCACCAGGGUUCGGCACAAAAACCCUGCUCGGUGUAGCAGCGGGUUCAGUCGGUGCCUUCGUCGGUACUCCAGCUGAAGUUGCCCUCAUUCGUAUGACAGCCGAUGGAAGGUUACCCGUAGAACAGCGAAGAAACUACAAGAAUGUCGCCGAUGCCCUCAUAAGAAUAGUGAGAGAGGAAGGUGUUCUCAAGUUAUGGCGAGGCGCCACACCCACCGUCGGACGAGCCAUGGUGGUCAACGCAGCUCAACUCAGCACAUACUCUCAGGCCCGUGAAAUGUUCGUUGGCUAUGUUCCUGACGGCAUCACGCUACAUUUCUGUGCGUCCAUGGUGUCUGGUCUCAUCACCACCAUCGCAUCCAUGCCUGUGGACAUUAUCAAGACGAGGAUACAAAACGCAGCUAAAGGCCAAAGCCAGAUAGGAGUAGUGACCUCCUUACUCAAGAACGAAGGCGUACUCUCCCUCUGGAAGGGCUUCCUGCCAUACUACGCUCGGCUCGGCCCUCACACCGUACUGACCUUCAUAUUCCUUGAACAAUUCAACGCAGCAUACUUCAGAAUGACAUAAGUAAGUUAGGCUAAGAAAUAACCAGAAAGCGUCUAGGUAAGCGUUUAAUUUUGUAUAAUUAUUUGUGUGACAUACAGGGGCGGAUUCAACUUGGUGAGCGCCCUAGUAAAGGACUUUAUAGGCGCCCAUAAAAUGUGUGCCCUUUGAGCAAUCGUGCUAUUCGGCGCCCUUCCGCGACCUGGCGCUCUUCCGCGACCUGGCGCCCUUUCGCGACCUGGCGCCCUUCCG